AUGUAUGUGGACACUCGGGAUAUGCUCCAAUAUUCCUACUUCGGUAAUACUCUAUACAACAACUAUAAUAAACGUGAUAAAAGUGCUCAACACAUACGUGCAAAUCACGUAAAAAUACACAACAAAACAGUAGGAAUACAGUCAAAGCCGAGAAUAUUUUGUAUGAUAACCACGACAUACGCCAACCACGAGUCCAAAGCCAUACACGUGCGCAACACUUGGGCCAAA